AUGGAUACAGUAGCUCGGUUAGUGGCAGCGGGGACUAAUCCAUGGAUAUUACAAGGCGAUUUCAAUGUUACAAAGUCUGCUAUGGAGCACUCUAGAUUUCUAGAUACUGCAGGAGAGAAUUUGGCUAUUCGGGAGUUCCAGGAUAUCAUCAGAAGCUGCGAUCUUCUUGACAUCCCUCACACUGGCCCGGAGUUCACUUUGACAAAUCGUCAAGAUGGAAACCCUAUUAGCAAGAAGUUGGACAGAACUAUGGGUAACAGCAGUUGGUUCUCAAGUUUUGCGCAAUCACACACUCUGUUUGAAGCAGGAGGUGUUUCUGACCACUCUAGAAUGGUGACUAUUGUACAUGACAAACCUAUGGGUAAUCGAAAACCUUUCAAGUUUUUCACGCAUGUGGUCAGCCACCCUCAGUUCUUGGAAGUGGUAGAUCAUGUCUGGAAUUCUACUCCUCCCCUGUUUCAUUCUCGGACAGCUUUGAAGAAACUGCAGGAAAAAUUAAAGAUGCUGAAAUCAGAGCUCCGGCGGCUGAAUAGAGAGUCUUUUGGAGAUUUGCCAGCGAGGGUUAAAGUGGCUUUGGAGGAUCUCUGUGAUAAGCAGAAUAAUGCAAUGCGGAACCCUUGUACCACUACGUUUGAGGAAGCUUCUGAUGCAUGGGAGCACUGGCAUCACCUGUCUGGAAUAGAAGAGCAAUUUUUCUAUCAAAAAUCCCGACCAGGGCACUCGGGUUUGGAGGAUGUUACUGAGGACAGGUUAAGUGAUCUGCUAGACUAUCGUUGCAGUGAAGCAGAAGCAGCUUCUCUAGUUGGCCCUGUUCAAGCUGAGGAAGUUAUAGAAGCUUUGUUUUCGAUGCCAGCAAACAAGGCGCCGGGGCCUGAUGGUUACCCCAUGGAGUUCUACAAAGCAGCGUGGUCAGUUGUCGGUAAAGAUUUAGUGAUUGCUGUCCAGUCUUUCUUUUUGUAUGGCUUCAUGCCUCGGAGCACAAAUGCUACUCUCCUGUCCCUUGUACCGAAAACAACAAGUGCAGAGAAGAUGAGUGAUUACAGACCGAUAGCGUGCUGUAAUGUGAUUUAUAAGCUCAUCUCCAAAAUCAUGGCUCACCGGCUCAAAGGUAUUCUUCCAGCAGCUAUUGAGCAGAAUCAAUGUGCGUUUGUUCAAGGCAGGCUGCUGCUAGAAAACGUUCUCUUGGCCACAGAAUUGGUGAAAGAUUAUUACAAGCCUCAAGUAUCCUCUCGCUCAGCAAUCAAGUUGGAUAUUUCAAAAGCUUUUGACACCGUCAAGUGGACAUUCAUUGAAGCUGUUCUCCGAGCGAUGCACUUGCCAGAUAUGUUCGUAACCUGGAUCAUGAAGUGUAUCAGUACUGCGAUGUUCUCUGUCUCUAUCAAUGGUGAAUUGGAAGGAUUCUUUCCGAGCAGUAGAGGAAUCCGCCAAGGAUGUUCUUUGUCACCGUAUCUGUACGUCAUCGUCAGUAACGUUCUCUCCAAGCUUCUCAACAAAGCUAUCUUGGCGGGAAAUAUAGGAUUCCACCCCAUGUGUCGAGUGGUUAAUCUCUCGCACCUUAGCUUUGCGGACGACAUCGUGGUUUUCACAGAUGGUUCUCCCACAUCCCUCACAGGAACGCUUGAUGUUUUUCGAGAUUUUGCUAGCAUGUCGGGACUCUGUAUCAAUGUCGCUAAAUCAACAGUUUUCGCAGCAGGCAGGGGUAAGCAGGCUCUAGAAAUUGCAGCUGUAGCUGGUGGACUCACGGUCUCUGCGCUUCCCAUCAAAUAUCUUGGGCUGCCGCUUACUACCAAAACAAUGUCUAGGAGUGAUUAUGAACCACUGAUUGCAAAGAUUAGAGCCAGAUUUCUCAGCUGGACAAGUAAAGCUCUAGCUUUUGCUGGGAGUCUUCCACAGGGCUGCAUUGAUGAGAUUGAGAGUAUGUGCUCGGCUUUUCUGUGGAGCGGCUCGCCAAAUAUCUCUACUAAGUCAAAGGUUGCAUGGGUAGAGUUCAACUUCCCUCUGGGUUCAAUGGGCGAAGCAGAUUAUACUACGCGGGGAGUCCUUUUGGGAUGCUCGAAUAGGGGCAGUGGGCUCAUGGGUUUGGAAGAAGCUCCUCCAGCUGAGACCUUUGGCCAAGGAGUUCUUGUGUAUGGAAGGCGCUUGAUUGAAGUCAUUGGUGAGAGGGGAACUCAGAAGCUGGGCAUAGCUCGCAAUGCAAAGAUUGCUGAUGUCUUAGUCGAUGAUCAGUGGAGAUUCCGGAACUCAAGGGAUAGCGGUAUCGAGCAAGUGCUUGCGCAGAUAAAGGCAAAGCCGUUGUUAUUGACGCCAAAUGUGGAUGAUGGUGUGAAAUGGAAGCGAGGAGAUGUAGAGUAUGGAUCAGAAUUCUCAGCUUAUAGCACUUGGGACAUGGUGCGCACCCAAAAUGCUAAGGUUCCCUGGGCGAAGCUGAUUUGGUUUAAACAAGGGGUGCCGCGAUAUGCUUUUAUAACCUGGCUAGCUGUUAAAGAUCGUCUCUCUACUGGAUCUAGAAUGCGAACUUGGGGAGUAAUACAAGAUUAUUGGAUCUUUACUCCGACCGGCGCCAUCGCCUGA